CCACCACGCCCUAUGUAGGAUAACCUUGAUGAUCCUUUCUGAUAGCGCAAACUGCACCAGAGUGCCUGUAGGAUUAUAACACCUCAUCCAACCCUACCGCGAUCGCGUGUACUUCCAUCCGCGUUCUUUGAUCACUCGCAACUCACCUUUUGCACUCACCUACAGCUAGUCCACCCCUUCAACGCCCCAUCACCGCGCACGAUGGCACCCUCAGCUGUGCAAGUCGAAGAUACACCCGUUCCGCGUAGCAAGCAGCUCGUGCCCCGAGCCAAAGACGAGCCAACACAAGAGAAGACGCCGUUACAAGCCAUCUCGCAGGGCGUCUGUCUCCCGGGCAUCCCACUCUUCUCGUCGUACGACAAGCAUCGCGCAUGGAUUCUCUCACACAUGGCAGGCGCCUUCAGGGUUUUUGCCCGGCACGGCUUGACGGAGGGCAUGAGCGGCCACAUCUCUGUUCGCGACCCAGAGCAUCCACACACUUUCUGGACGAACCCGCUGGGCAAGCACUUCGGGCUACUAAAGGCAUCGGAUAUGGUCCUCGUAGACUACGACGGCAACGUGGUGGGAGGGAACCAGAGCAGACCGGCAAACGCGGCUGGCUUCUUGAUACAUUCUGCCGUGCACAAGGCGAGGCCUGAUGUCAAUGCUGCGUGCCAUUGCCACGGCAAGGCGGGCAAAGCGUGGAGCGCGUUUGCGCGACCGCUGGAAAUGAUCAAUCAGGACGUGUGCUACUUUUACGGCGACGCGCAGGCUGUCUACGAGGACUUUGGCGGAGUCGUCUUCAGCGAAGAGGAGGGGCAGCGGUUGGCGGCCGCCUUGGGACCAAAGGGUAAAGGCAUGGUUCUGAGAAAUCAUGGUCUGCUGACAGUAGGAGGUACCGUUGACGAAGCCGCAUUCCUCUACACCCUCAUGGAACGCUCCUGCGACGUCCAGCUCAAGGUCGAGGCCGCCGCCGCCAAUGGCGUCCCAAAAGUUUACGUCGAUGAUGAAGCCGCUGCAUACACAUUUAAGAUGUCCAGUGACGCUGAGAGUUUGUACUGGGAAUUUCAGCCGGAUCUGGAAUACGAGUACGAGGCAAGCAACGGGGCCUUCAAGCACCCGGACUGUGAUGAGGUUGUGUGGCCGGGUUAUUAAUGGGCAAGCGCUACGUAGGCGGAAGAAAGUGUUAAAUUUGAAUGCAUAACGAUCCCCAGUGCGUCGUGUUGUUAGCUUCGGACAGUUAUCGCGUAGGAACCUUUCACGCGAUCGUGUUGCGCAGGUAUCCUGGUCUCUUUAUGUGCGUGCGACACAGAUGAAGCACAUUUACUGUAUUCUCCAAGCCAGCCUAUUGUUUCUGAAUCUUUGCAAUGCCUCCUGUACAUGAUGAUAUUUGUCCCAUCUGUCACAAUGUAUGCCUAGGUAUCGCUUAUCAAGCAAGUAGGUCUAACUCGCAGUCAUCACCAGAGCCUGGAACAAGAUAUUACACAGAUCGAGGCUGAGCAUUUGAUCACAAAGGUUCGAGUUCGAGACC